GGAACCAAACCGAGUAAACAGAUGACACGUUUCCUGUCGUCGACUUGCUGGCAGCACUGCCAGCAUCUCACUCUGUCAGCCGCACAACGCUCUCACAAUGAAAUGCAACACUUUUCUCUCUUCUCUGCCGCUGCUUUGGGCGCUGACUGAGAUUGUCUGGUGCAAUGAAGACGUUAAAGUGGAAGUUGGGUCGGGCAAGUUCACCAUUACUUGUAACGGGAAGAAUGAAGUUGUAUCGCCGACUGGAAAGUCUGUGGCCUACCCUUUAAAAAUCAAAGAUGAGAACUCCGGGGAGUACAAAUGUGCGCCAGGAAAUGAUGGACAGAACCCGAACGGCACAAGUAUCUUUGUGAAGUUUCGAUCCUGCGACAACUGCGUGGAGCUCGACACGGUCUCCCUAGCAGGUCUAGCUCUUGGAGAUUUGAUGGCUACCAUCGUGCUCGGCGUGGCUGUGUACCAUGUUGCAUCCCAGACUCACAAUGGCCUCGUCUCCACUCAACACAAAAGGUCUGAUAGGAAACACCUCCUUCCAAUGGAGGAAAGAACCAGAGUCCAAAAUGAUGAUUAUCAGGAGCUUCAAGGUGGCAAUAAAGAAAUAUACAACACACUCACGGGCAAAUGAUUGCCCAAUUAAAAAAUAUACAUGAAGUUGGCAUAAACCAGUGGUCAGCAAUUGAAAUGAAAUGAAAUUGAAAUAAUACAUCUCUAUCACAAGAAGAUGCGUUUAUAUAUAUAUAUAUAUAUACAUUUUAGGGUAGCCCAUCAUACCUCCAAAACGUAAUGUUUUACAGACUUUUAACAAUGAUGUCAACAUGUCCAAAACGUAUUUAUAAGGCCGUGCCCUAGAAGGGGAGUUGUCCACAUAUGCGGUCCUCUCCAAGGUUUCUCAUAGUCAUCAUUGUCACCGACGUCUCACUGGGUGUGAGUUUUCCUUGCCCUUAUGUUGGAUUUACCGAGGAUGUCGUUGUGGUUUGUGCAGCCCUUUGAGACACUAGGGAUUUAGGGCUAUAUAAAUAAUCAUUGAUUGAUUUAUUGAUGCCAGAUUUAAGCACUCAUAAUGACCGUGCCAUGUGGACGUAUAAAAUGUACACUCAUGCUUAUGUCAUCAUAAAUGUGCAGCAUUAUCUCAUGUAUUUGCUACGUAUGUGAACCUUAUCGGUUUUUGUUACUUUUCAGGCUUCUGUUUGACCAAAAUGUGCAUGAAAUCUGGUGAUGUGACCCUUUCUGAUGGGUCGUAUUUUUUUCUUACCGAAAUGUGUAAUUUGUUUACAUAUUUUGCGUGAAUUUUCAAUAAACUCAAUAUAUACGUUGCCAUG